GGCCCCGGAUGUGGACGGGCGCCAGACGGACGGAGCAGCCCAGUUUGGCGGUUUAUUGUCUGGAGGGGAGCGAGCGCGAGCGUGUGACAGCCGGACGGACGGACGGACGGAGACAGCGGGAGAGAGAGAGAGAGAGAGAGCGAUCGAGAGAGAGAGAGACACCGUGACUGCCCGGGGGAGCGCGGCGCCCAUUCGUGACGGGGAGAGAAACCAUGGCUGGCGGGAAAGCAGGGAAGGACUCGGGGAAGGCCAAGGCCAAAGCAGUUUCUCGCUCGCAGAGAGCAGGGUUACAGUUUCCUGUGGGUCGUAUUCACCGGCAUCUGAAGACUCGCACCACCAGCCACGGCCGGGUGGGAGCUACAGCUGCAGUGUACAGUGCUGCUAUCCUCGAGUAUCUCACCGCUGAGGUCUUGGAGUUGGCAGGCAACGCGUCAAAGGAUCUGAAAGUAAAGCGCAUCACACCACGUCACUUGCAGUUGGCUAUCCGAGGUGAUGAAGAGUUGGAUUCGCUGAUCAAGGCAACCAUUGCUGGUGGUGGUGUGAUUCCCCACAUCCACAAGUCGUUGAUUGGGAAGAAAGGACACCAGAAAACAGCAUAAAGCUCAGUUUUGAACCUACCCUCUUCCUCCCUCCUGUCGUACUGUAAUUUGGACAGAAGAAACCUGGGGUUACUUGGCAUAUUUUUUUUAAAGAGUAGUUAAAGUAAACGGAAGAGUUUUAGGACAUGACUUUUAGUGUUCAAUUAUAAUCCAAAAGACAUGUUUGUAUGUCAUGCAGUUUAGAUUUGAAGCUGUAUGCAAAAUGUAACUAGAAAAAUACAGCGAUCUGUCAACAGCUAGGUUACACCAGUGUGUUUUAUACAAUAAAACAGUUCAUAAAAAAAACAUUUUUUAAAAAUCUGGUUUGCUGUGUGUCGUAAGUUUAUUUCACAAUGUGUUUCGUAAAUUCUGCAAUAAUAAAAAAAAAAUUCUCUUAACUGAAAUGAGUGACUAAAGGCUUAAAUGGGUCUCUGCACUUGACGGAAAUUAAAUCUCUUUAAUGUUUUGUACGAUGA